AGCACGGGCAUCUUUCAGGAGCGUCGCAAGUUUGUACUUGCAUCUCGGUAGCCAAGUUUAAAAAUGUACUGGAUUGCAUAGGGGCAACUACGACACCACGCGAACGUGACAGCGCGUUGCACUUGGUGCCGUCUGGAUUCAGGCUAGACUGGGUAACGUAGCUCUAUUCCACCACCGAACGACACGAAAUUUUGAGUCAACGUGCGCCGCCGUGGGUCUUGGAGUUCGGAGCUUUGUGUCCGUCCGUAGGCGCUUUUGCGUUUGUCUAUCGGAUCUUCAGUGAGCUCACUCGCGGAUACGGAUUCCCCAUAGUGAACAGUUGGGGUGCUGCAGGCAGCCUCGGCUCCAUGGUGUAGUCCAUAAUCUGCUUACACUCUCGCUCUCUCGGGCGGGUCAUCUCAGGCCAAGUGCCGCGCGAGCGACGCUUCGUUCCGGCGAUUCUGGAACUACAGUCUGGCCGUUCGCAGCAGGUAGAGCUGAGCUUCACUCUCACUCCCGCUGUCCCCUAAUGAGAAGGAUUUCCGUGGCUGUGUCCGGAGAAAUUGCUUCUCUAAACCUGAGGUUAAUCCAUUCCUGCAUGGAAGGAUCUGCUACAUUCUGGCGGUGAUUCUGGACCAGAGUGAAGCAGACCUGAUUCAAAGGGGCCUCCUCUCCUCUCCCAAAAUGAUUGAGGGCGUGUGAGGGGGACUGGACCCUUCCGCUGGCAUUCAACUGGAGGCUUUUAACAUUUCUGAAUUCUGGGGUUCCUGAGGAGGAGAGCAGGAGGGACAGGGGAAUGAUGCUGAGGAGGCCCUGAUACCCGCCUUGCACUAUGUCAGAGCAAUCAGACAAAUCUGACGCGGCCUGGAAAGACGAUGCCUUGCAGAAUGGGUACAUCCCGAGCUACCUGGAUAAGGAUGAGCUGUGUGUGGUGUGCGGAGACAAGGCCACGGGGUACCACUACCGCUGCAUCACCUGCGAGGGCUGCAAGGGCUUCUUCAGGCGGACCAUCCAGAAGAACCUGAACCCCACCUACGCCUGCAAGUACGAGGCCAAGUGUGUGAUCGACAAGGUCACCCGCAACCAGUGCCAGGAGUGCCGCUUCAAGAAGUGCAUCGCCGUUGGCAUGGCGACGGACUUGGUCCUGGAUGACAGCAAGCGGCUGGCCAAGCGCAAGCUCAUCGAGGAGAACCGGGAGCGGCGUAAACGGGAGGAGAUCCAGAAGCUGGUGUGGGACCGCCCGGAGCCCACGCCCGAGGAGUGGGAGCUGAUCCGGGUCGUCACCGAGGCCCACAUGGCAACAAACGCCCAGGGCAACCACUGGAAGCAGAAGAGGAAGUUCCUGGUGGAGGAGGCAAUGCUCCUAAAUGAAAUAACAUGUACUUUAUUCUAUACCUCUGACCAGAGCGCUGUGGGGGUUAAAGACUCGAAGCCGGAAGACAUUGGCCAAGCCACGGUGUUGAGUGGGCCCCCAGAGGGCAGCAAAGUGGACAUCGAGGCCUUCAGCCAGUUUACCAAGAUUAUCACCCCCGCCAUCACGCGAGUGGUCGACUUUGCCAAAAAGCUGCCCAUGUUCUGUGAGCUGCCUUGUGAGGACCAGAUCAUCUUGCUAAAGGGCUGCUGCAUGGAGAUCAUGUCUCUGCGCGCGGCGGUGCGCUACGACCCCGAGAGCGAGACGCUGACGCUGAACGGCGAGAUGGCCGUGACCAGGGGCCAGCUGAAGAACGGCGGGCUGGGCGUGGUCUCGGACGCCAUCUUUGAUUUGGGCGUCUCGCUGUCGUCGUUCAACCUGGACGACUCGGAAGUGGCGUUGCUGCAGGCCGUCAUUCUCCUCUCCUCCGAUCGUCCGGGCCUGACGAGCGUGGAGCACAUCGAGCGGUGCCAGGAGGGCUUCCUGCAGGCGUUCGAGCACUACAUCAACUACCGCAAGCACAAGGUGCCGCACUUCUGGCCCAAGCUGCUGAUGAAGGUGACGGACCUGCGCAUGAUCGGGGCCUGCCACGCCAGCCGCUUCCUGCACAUGAAGGUCGAGUGUCCCAACGAGCUGUUCCCUCCGCUCUUCCUCGAGGUCUUCGAAGACUGACUAUAGGAAUAAACAAUGAGCUGUUCCUCGAGGUCUUCUAAAACUAACCCAACGAGCUGUUCCCUCCGCUCUUCCUCGAGGUCUUCGAAGACUGACUAUAGGAAUAAACAAUGAGCUGUUCCUCGAGGUCUUCUAAAACUAACCCAACGAGCUGUUCCCUCCGCUCUUCCUCGAGGUCUUCGAAGACUGAUUAGGCUAUAUGAAUAAGCAACGAGCUGGUCCAACGAGCUCUUCCUCGAGACUGAUAUGAGUAAACAAUGAGCGGUAACACUUAACUUGACACAGUCAUAGAUAACCGGCGUCAAGUGGAGUGUCCCAACGAGCUCUUUCCUCCGCUCUUCCUCGAGGUCUUCGAAGACUGAUAAUAGAAAUAAACAAUGAGCUGUUCCUCGAGGCCAACGAGCUCUUCCUCGAGGUCUUCAAAAACUAACCCAACGAGCGGUUCCCUCCACUCUUCCUCGAGGUCUUCGAAGACUGAUUAUAGAAACAAACAAACGAGCUGAUCCAACAAGCUCUUCCUCGGGGUCUUCGAAGACUGACAACGAGCUCUUCCUCGAACUAAAUAAACAAGCACACACAGACAUGGACAUGGACAUACCUACAUACUUAACAGACAUGGACAUACCUACAUACUUAACAGACAUGGACAUACCUACAUACUUAACAGACAUGGACAUACCUACAUACUUUACAGACAUGGAUAUACUUAACAGACAAACACAGUUGUGCAUAGGCAUAUACGUACAUGCAUACAAACGUGCAAACAGAUGCACAUGCACACACACAUAUACACGCACACGUGCGCGCACACACAUGCACAGCACCUGCACACAAACACACAUCCAGUACACACACACACACACACACACACACACACACACACACACACACACACACACACACACACACACACACACACACACACACACAGUACGUUCUCUCUCUCAUUGACUCUGUCAUUCAUUUAUAGACACGUUCAGUCCAGUACAGUACAGUACAGCACAGCACAUACCUCCUUGAGCAAUGUUUGACACACGCACACACACAGACACACACACACACACACACACAUGCACACACACAGACCUGUCCACUGCCAGGAGGAAAAGGCGGCGUGGGAGGAGGAGAGGAAGAAGAAGAGGAGGAGAGGAGGAGGAGGAUGAAGAGGAGAAGGAUGAUGAUGAUGCAGGGAAGUCUGUCUCCCUGGACUCGUUGAACUUUGAACUUUUGAACUUUGAACUCUUGUGGGCACUACUGAGGAGUUGAUGUCAUUCCGUAGAUGUUCAUUCAAGGAGAAGUAGCCUUUCAUUUUGUUUCAUUUCAUUUCGUCUUUCUUUUUUUUCUUUCUUUCGUUUGUUGUUGUUGUUGUUGUCUUUAUUUCCUCUUUCUCAACAGAGCCUCACAAUGCGGGUACACGUGAAUAGAGAUGUAUUUCUUUUCUUUU